AUGACAAGACCAACUGGGCCAGGUUUUCGCUCCUCUCGAGUGGCGAGUGAGGAAGAGGCCCGUCUAGCGCACCAUCUCUUCAUUGAACAGGCAUACAACCCGCUAAUUCGACCAGUCAAAAAUCUGACCGACGUUGUGGACGUUCAGCUUGGACUCACCAUGACACAGAUAAUCUAUGUGGUGAGUGUUUUGCAAGCCUGCUUCAAUAUAUUCCUCCAGGAUUCAUGCCAAUAA